UGUUAUUUGCAAGAUUUUCACCAUAUAGUAAUUAUGAUCAUGGAAUUUAAAUACAGGAUUUGUUUGUGCAUGUUUUUGCUUCUAGUUGGAGAGGGUUUUGGUCAGUUAUCCUCAAACUUCUAUGAUAGCAGGUGUCCAGGUGCCGUUUCCACCAUAAAACGUAUGAUCAAGGCAGCUGUGGCUAAGGAACCUCGCAUGGGUGCCUCUUUGCUUCGUCUUCACUUCCAUGAUUGCUUUGUCAAUGGAUGUGAUGCAUCUAUAUUGCUGGAUGAUAAUGCCACUUUCACUGGUGAAAAAACAGCACUACCUAAUGUGAACUCCGCAAGAGGUUUUGACGUAAUCGAUGACAUCAAAUCUGAAUUAGAGAACAUUUGUCCUGCCACGGUUUCUUGUGCAGAUAUUCUCACUGUUGCCGCACGAGAUUCUGUUGUUGCGUUGGGUGGUCCUUCGUGGAAUGUAAAAUUGGGCAGAAGAGACUCUGUUACAGCCAAUUUAGAAGGAGCAAACACGGAUCUUCCAGGCCCUUUCCUCGAUCUUAGCCAACUUGUUACGGCCUUUGCCAGCAAAGGUUUCACUGCUUCUGAAAUGGUUACACUUUCAGGGGCUCACACAAUAGGCAAAGUACAAUGCUUUCUUUUCCGAGAUCGUAUCUACAACGAGAAGAACAUCAAUCCAGCAUAUGCCGCAGUCCUAAAAGUGAACUGUCCCGCCACUGGGGGCGAUACAAAUCUGGCUUCACUUGAUGUAACUACACCUGAUAAAUUCGACAAUGCUUAUUACACUAAUUUGAUAGGCUUAAAAGGCAUUUUACACUCAGAUCAAGUCCUCUUCCCUGCUGGCCUUUCUUCCACAAGCCGUCAAGUCUUUACUUAUUCUGUUCUCUCAUUUAAGUUCUUUAGUGAUUUUGCCGCUACAAUGGUUAAGAUGGGCAACCUGUCCGUUCUCACUGGAAAUGAUGGUCAAAUUCGAACCAAUUGUAGGAUUGUUAAUUAACUUAUAUUAUAAGUUUACCAUCAAAACUUGUAAUACCACUAAUUUCGUUUGCUUCAAUAAGUACGCGUUGGUAUGAUGUAUGACUACUGGAAAUGAAUAAUACCAUGUGUUUCCUCAGGA